ACAGUUUUUUUACAUCUUUUUGUACCAUAGUAUGGUACAAAAAGAUGUGAAAGCAUAUUUGAAAUGAGUCGGUCGCUUUUGUAUCUUUCUGUACCAAAAAGCGGCCGAAAACAGCCAUGGUACAGAAACAUAUGAAACGCCAAGUCAUAAAGGUUAUUGAGUUUGACAAAUGCCUCCCUGAUAACGCUGUCAUCACAUAGACUGGCGAUUAAUUGCCCGGAAUGUCUUUGGCUACAAAAAUGUUGCAGGAGUGUAUGGAGAGCCUGCAGGCGUGUAUGAUACAUACACGUGUACAUCAAUUUUUAUUUAGAUAUAAAUAUCCUUUAUUCAUGAUUUAGCCGCUAUACUACGACGAAACAUCUACCCCUAUUACAUCUGUGUUUACAUCUGUGUGCAUGUUAUAUGUUUUAUCCUAGCGCAAAAUAUUCUUCGUGGUUUUGUAGUUAUCAACCGAUUGGAAAUUUGUCAUUGUACUAUUCCAUAGUUUGAACAUUUUAUAAAUAAUGACGUGACAUGUCCUGGGUGUCUGUAGUUUUGCACUCGCAUACACUGUGCACUCGUUAUACAGAAUACAAUGACGAUAAUUACCGCUCAUGUUUUACUGCUAAUGUUGCUGCUUGCUACUGUUAUGGCAUCACCGGCUGAAUUUCCUGCUACAUGCUUAACUGAUGGUAAGUACGUUAAUAUGUUCCCCAUUUUUUAAGAUUACGUCAAGCAACAGCUAAUCCUUAGCUGUAAUAUUCACUCCUACAUCCUUGAGACCUGUAUUAUAUGCCAAUCAAUACAAUAUUGUCGCCAAACGUUUAAUCUUCGAAUGCUACAAAUUUGUCACUAUAAAAAAGUUGUUAUAUGUAACUUGUAAGUGUAGCUAAAAAUACUGUUUUUCGUUAUUGUUGUUUUGAUUUGUAUAUAGUAUAUUUCGUUAACAGAUUGUAAUGCUAUAUACGGUAGUUUUAUAUUUCAGUUGAGGAUCUGUUGAUGUAUUACGCGUCAUGUGGAUUAACCUACAAAAUUAUUUCCAAUGUAAUGUCGAAGUACCAUGAAAUCACUAUAAGCGCGAAUGCAAUAUGUAAACGACUUAAGAAACAUGGAAAUCUAAAGAGAAGAGGACCAGUACAAGUUUCAAACAUAGAAUUGGAAGCCAUACUCAAGGAAAGAAUGCAGCUGUUACCACCAACUGUUGGUUAUAGACAGAUGACAGAAAUACUGAAAAGCGAAGGCAUUGUCGUAAAAAGGGAUCAAGUGAUGCACGUCAUGAGAAUAGUUGAUCCAGCAGGAGUGGAGAACCGCAGACGGCAUCGUCUUCAAAGGAGAAUUUAUUCCUCACUCGGACCUAAUCAUACUUGGCAUAUAGAUGGAUAUGACAAGCUGAAACCGUACGGAUUUCCAAUACACGGAUGCAUAGAUGGGUUUUCCAGAAAAAUCAUCUGGCUUGUUGUCGGUCCAUCGAACAAUGAUCCGAAACUGGUAGCAAAUCACUAUAUGGAAAGUGUUCAACGUCUCGGAGGUUGUCCAUAUAACAUACAAGCAGACCGAGGUACGGAAAAUUCAGUAAUUGGCGCCCUACAGUCUGUCUUUAGACAGGAAGAACCAGGAUUUGGUCGCGAAAACGGCUUCCAACAUAUUGCAUCAAAACUUAACCAGCGCAUCGAGUCAUGGUGGUCUUUUCUCCGGAAGAGAUUUGCGCAAUGGUGGAUUAACUUUUUCAUGGAUUUGGUCAAUUCGGGAACCUACGUUUCGCAUGACGACAACUCAAUGAAAUGCCUACGAUACGUAUUUAUGCCACUGAUUCAACAAUAUCUUGAUGAAAUCGCUGAGCAAUGGAACAAUCACCAAAUAAGCUUAUCAAGAAAUGCACACUGUCCGAAUGGAAGACCCAAUGUCCUGUAUGCAAUGCCAGAGAUAUCAGGUGCGAGGGAUUGCAUCCAUCCUGUCAACGAAGAAUUGAUAACGAUGGGGUUUACAAAAACAUUACCAUCCACUUUAUCUGGUUUGAAAGAAUUUGACGACAUCGCCGCAGAAAUGACUGUUCGACUUGGUUUGAUGAAGCCAGACACUUGGCAAGAAGCCCUGAAGAAUUAUUACAUGCUGUAUGAUGCUUUGUCAACUGAUUUAUGAUGUUUAUAUCAUAAUGAUAAAUGACAAUUAAAAUGAUACUUCAUUCA